AUGGCGCUGUGGACGGGGCUGGGCCAGGCGGCGACGGUGGCGCAGCUGGUGGGCGCGGACGUGGGCGGGCUCAUCUCCAUGACCAUGCAGGCCGCGCUGACGGCUCGGCAGAACAGGGCGGAAUGCGAGCAGCUGGCGCGCCGGGUCCUCAUGAUCGCGCAGCUGCUGCCGCACGUGCAGCUGGCCGACGAACCGGAGGCAACGGCGUGGCCUCUGGCCGGGCUGGGCGACGUGCUCCGGGACGCCCACGAGCUCGUCGUAUCCUGCCAGGGGAGGAGCGCCGCCUACCAGUUCGUCAUGGCCGGCAGGACGGCCGAGAGGUUCAGGGAGAUUCAGGGCAGGAUCGACUCCUACCUCAUCCUCUUCCCCGUGAUCAGCCACAUCGGCAUCACUCGCCGCCUCGAGAGAAUCUACAACGUCCUAGUCCCGGAUGACUCCGCCACCACUGGAGGUGAACCAUCGUAUCCACCUCCUCCACCACGGUUGUCCCAGCUGCAGCAGGACGUAGAGAUAGUACCCCAUGGAACCCAGGAAUUCACGUUGGCGGAGAUUGUGGCCGCCACCAAUGGCUUCGCCCGUGACACCGUGAUCGGCCAUGGCGGCGGUGGACGGGUUUACAGGGGAAGGCUUCACGAUGGCCGGGAAGUCGCCAUCAAGCGCAUAACUCGCGUGCAAUCAGGCAACCUACAGCUGGAGCUUGACAUCAUGUCACAGCUCCGACAUAGACACAUCGUCCGCCUUCUUGGAUCGUGUGUGACUACGGUCAUAGGCAAGAGAAAAAAGCGCCUGUUAACCACCAGGCGGAGAAAGGAGCCGGAAGAGGAGGCUGAGGGGCUGAUCGUCUAUAAGUACAUGGAGAACGGCACACUCUAUGACCACCUGCACCGUGACCAAGGCUCCUCAGCGCCGUCGCCGGUCACAAUGUGCUGGAAGAUGCGCAUAGAGGUGCUCCUCUGCGUGUCACGCGCCAUCGAGCACAUGCACUGUCACGCCAACCCGCCGAUCAUCCACCGUGACAUCAAGUCGAGUAACAUCCUUUUCGACGCCAGUUGGGUACCACAUUUGUCAGACUUUGGCUCGUCGGUUGCCUGGCACGUGGCAAGCGACAAGGAGUCAUCGGGGUUAGAGUGCCCCGUCACGGGCACAUUUGGGUAUGUCGACCCUGAGUACUGCCUCCGAGGUCGUGUGAAGCCCGCGAGUGACGUGUAUAGCCUGGGUGUGCUGAUGCUCGAGGUUCUCACAGGGGAAAGAGCAUUUCUCCAAGGAGGGUUGAAGAUAAAGGAAGAUCUGGCAUGCUUCGCAUCCCCCAUCAUCGAGGCCGGUAACCUUGUGGAGUUGCUGGACAGGCGACCUGUAUCAGAGCCAACGUCAUGGAAGCUACAUGCUUUGAAGCGUGUGGCGCAGAUUGCACGAUGCUGCGUGAAGUGGGUUGGGAGGGCCCGACCGGCCAUAUUAGGCAUUGUUGCAAACCUCGAGAUGGUGCACGAGUUGAUGUGUAGAGACGAGACGAGUUCAGUUGACGAGUCGAUUCGAUGGCCUUUUCUCGAAAAGGUUGAUGAGUCACCUCAUACCAGGAGUGUGCCAUUGGCGGCACGCUACGAGUCCAAUCUGGUACACCACAAACUGACUGAACUCUAUUCACAUUAA